UAGAUUUAGAAAGUAUUGUUUCAAAUGAAGAGUUUUCCACUAUCCUAAAGAAAAAAGGUAAAGUUAGACCUAUUUGGAUUCUUUUUGUUGAUGGUGGACUUGAUAAAAAUCUGAAACAUAUGAAAAAUAUUAUUCAAUAUGCUCACCUUUUCUGUGCUCUUGAUCUGAACUACUUGAUAAUUUGUACUCAUGCUCUAGGUCAAAGUAUAUAUAAUCUGGUCGAACGUAGUAUGGCUUCUUUGUCUGCAAAACUUGCUAAUAUCACUUUACCUGUGAAGGAAUUCAGAUCACAUCUAAAUAGUCAAGGGAAAGUAGUAGAUGAAGAGGAUGACAUACAUGAGAAACCUGUGAUAGUGGAAUAUGUCGACCAGAAAAGACAUCUAUUCAAUGAUCCUAAGCCUUUAAUAUU